AUGGACAGGAUAAGUUCCAGUUGGGAGUGGAAGUGGGUGGAGCAAGAGCCGCGGCAGUGGGAAUUCACGUCGUGGACGAAUUUUCCGAUGCGGAAUGCCUUCCAGUCGAGGCCGACGCUGGACUCGAAGCUCUUGCGGCGGUUGGGUAGAAUUAGGGUUUCGGGGAGGAACGUGGAGGAGAGGAUGAUCUGGGAGGAAUCAAUAUGA